GGAGAAGCAGCCAGAAGCAGACAAGAGUUGGAGGCAGACCAGGAGCCCGAACCCGAGUUAGAGUCGAAGGUGUUUUUGCUAAGGAGCAGAAACUAAAGAAGUUGAAAAGAUGAUGGUUAUCUUGGGACUGCUCACCUCCUUCCUUUCCUUCCUGUAUGUGAUAGCUCCAUCCAUCAGGAAGUUCUUCGCUGGUGGGGUUUGUAGAACAGACGUGCAGCUUCCUGGGAAGAUAGUGGUGAUCACUGGCGCCAACACUGGCAUCGGCAAGGAGACGGCCAGAGAGCUCGCUCGCAGAGGAGCCCGAGUAUACAUUGCCUGCCGAGAUGUGCUCAAGGGGGAGUCUGCUGCCAGUGAAAUCCGAGCUGAUACAAAGAACUCCCAGGUGCUGGUGUGGAAACUGGACCUAUCGGAUACCAAAUCCAUCAGAGCCUUUGCUGAGGGCUUUCUGGCAGAGGAAAAGCAGCUCCAUAUUCUGAUCAACAAUGCAGGAGUGAUGAUGUGUCCAUAUUCCAAGACAGCUGAUGGCUUUGAAACCCACCUGGGAGUCAACCACCUGGGCCACUUCCUUCUCACCCACUUGCUCCUGGAGCGGCUGAAGGAGUCUGCUCCUGCACGGGUGGUGAACCUGUCAUCAGUGGUCCACAUUGCUGGCAAGAUUCGCUUCCACGACCUCCAGGGUGAGAAGCGCUACAGCCGCGGUUUUGCUUAUUGUCACAGCAAGUUGGCCAAUGUGCUUUUCACUCGUCAGCUGGCCAAAAAGCUCCAAGGCACAGGGGUCACCACCUACUCGGUGCACCCGGGCAUCGUCCGCUCUGAGCUGGUCCGCCACUCCUUCCUGAUGUGCCUGCUCUGGCGGCUCUUCUCCCCCUUCCUCAAGUCAGCGCGGGAGGGGGCGCAGACCAGCCUGCACUGCGCCCUGGCUGAGGGCCUGGAGCCCCUGAGCGGCAAGUACUUCAGUGACUGCAAGAGGGCCUGGGUGUCUCCAAGGGCCCGAAAUAACAAAACUGCUGAGCGUCUGUGGGCCGUCAGCUGUGAGCUUCUAGGAAUUCAAUGGAAGUAGAGCUGGUAGAAGAGCCACGGCUUUAUCAGGUCUGGUCCGUGCCAUCAUGAAGGGGGACCAAGAAGGCCAACCCUGAGGAUGGUCCUCCCGGCUGGCUGCUGCUGUGAAUCCUGUCCUCCUCUGAUUCUCCUGACCCUUCUGGAAACUUCUGUAUACCCAACCCUCUUGUGAGGCUGGCUCAUGGCAUCAGAUGUUCACAUCUACAGAGCAUUCUUCUCCAAGACUUGCAGUCGGCCUCCCUCUCGGGGCAGGAGGAGGAGGCAGAUGCCAGGCUGAGCACAGGGAUGGCAAAAGAGCCUGGGAAACUGGGUCAGUUUCCUCACCGGGACCAGCAACGCCAGCCAGCAGGCUCAGCUGAGGUGGCAGGAGCACCAGCGUUACGUAUUUCCAGGGACUAUAGACUCAAACUUUUGACUAAUCUCUCCUCUUUAAAUUCUGGUCACAACUCUGGAGUCUGGACCAACUCAGGAAAAUCUUGGCUUAACCUUGGCCAACUUUGGUUCCUUCCUCUGAGCGCCCUGGAGUCCCUGCAUGAAGCUGGGCCUUCCCAUUUUCUUUUUCCACUUCUUUUUUAGAAAUUGAAAAACAAUUUCUAGCUUUAUUGAGAUAUAAUUUUUAAUCAUGUAGAUGGUUUCAUUUUCUAAAGCAUUCCCUUCACCUCAUAUUUUUAAUAGUUUGUUGAUUU